AGCAACCUCCGUUCUCCGGGAGAGAGAAUGGGAGAGGAACCCGAAAUGUGUCAAUAGAAGACUGGUAGAAUUAUAUCGGGCAAAUGAAUAAUUUGCCUUUUUGGUAUACAUACCGCAGUGUUCAGCACCAGGGACGUGGGAUAUUUACCUUUAACAUUCUUAUAAAUAAUUAUCGGCUGUUUUCAUUACAUAAAAGAAUUGAAGAGCUCUUCGCCGCUGGGUAGGCACAAGUUAACCUCUAUUUGUACAUUUUGAACUGACUGAAGCAGAAAAAAACACUAUACCAAAGCAGAUAUGGAGCAGGUAUCAGAUGAUGAGUUGGACCAUACUGCUGAAGAAGACAGCGAUAAGGAGGACCAGGAUCUGGACAAGAUGUUUGGCGCCUGGUUGGGAGAACUGGACAAGCUCACAGAGAGUUUGGAUGAUGGGCGUCCUGAGAAAAUGCAGAAAGCUCCUCUCAGACAGGAAACAAACCUUGCCACCUUCUCCUACCGUUUCUCUAUGUACAACAUCAACGAAGCCAUUAACCAAGGUGAGACAGUGGACCUGGACGCCCUCAUGGCUGACCUGUGUUCAAUAGAACAAGAGCUCAGCACUAUCGGCAAACCCAUGAGCAAGACCUCAGAUGGCAAAUCUAGACAAAGACCCACAGGCCGCUCGGCCAGCACCAAACACACCGGAGGGGGCAGCAGUGGAGGAAGCACCAGCAGCAGCACCAGAGCUUCUCCUGCUUCCACCGUACGCGGUGGCAGCAGCCAGUCACGGCCCCUGGCCUCCAACAUCUCCCUGGAUGACAUCACCGCUCAGCUAGAAAAGGCAUCCCUGAGCAUGGACGAGGCAGCGAGGCAGACUUCUGAAUCUUCCUCCUCAUCCUCAUCCUCAUAUUCAUCUGCAACUCUGUCUCACCCGCCUUCUAACACACAUCAUCGCCGCACAGGAUCGGUUGGUACGGUCAGUGACCACCAGGAAGUGCGCUCGAUCGGUCAUUCGUCCAGGUCAAGCAUCAAUUCUGCCUCGGCGUCCAGCAUGGACUCACUGGACAUUCGAGGGCAGGAGAAUGAGGUGCAGUCACAGAAUCAGAACCAAAGCCAGACUAGCACAGAGCAUGUCUCACUGCGAAGGGCCAAUGGUAAAGCUACCAGACGGCAUCUUGACUUCACCUCACAGGAGGGGGAGGUGGAUCAAAGUACUCACUCGUAUCUGGACAGGGAGACCUCUCUGAUUCUGAAAAACAUUGCAGGAAAACCCUCUCACCUGCUGACCAAGGAGGAGCAGGCUGCCAAAGCGAAGGCUGAGAAAAUCCGUGUGGCACUAGAGAAAAUUAAAGAAGCCCAGGUGAAAAAGCUGGUGAUACGUGUACACAUGUCAGAUGAGAGCUCAAAGACCAUGAUGGUGGAUGAGAGGCAGACGGUCAGGCAGGUGCUGGACAGUCUGCUGGAUAAAUCUCACUGCGGCUACAGUCCAGACUGGGCUCUGGUUGAGACCAUACCUGAGCUACAGAUGGAGAGAAUUUUUGAAGACCAUGAGAACCUGGUGGAGAACUUGCUCAACUGGACCAGAGACAGUCAAAACAAACUCAUGUUCAUUGAACGGAUUGAAAAGUAUGCACUUUUCAAAAAUCCACAGAACUAUUUACUUGGGAGGAAGGAGACCUCUGAGAUGGCAGACAGAAACAAGGAGGCACUGCUGGAGGAAUGUUUUUGUGGAAGCUCAGUGUCUGUUCCUGAAAUCGAGGGAGUGUUGUGGUUGAAGGAGGAUGGCAAAAAGUCUUGGAAGAAGCGCUACUUUCUUCUGAGGGCAUCUGGCAUCUAUUUUGUGCCGAAGGGCAAAGCCAAGGCUUCAAGGGAUUUGGUGUGCUUCCUGCAGUUGGACCAUGUUAAUGUUUAUUAUGGUCAGGACUACCGGAGCAAGUACAAGGCCCCCACUGACUACUGCCUGGCCCUCAAGCACCCUCAGAUCCAGAAGAAGUCACAGUAUAUCAAAUACUUGUGCUGUGAUGAUGUCAGAACUCUACACCAAUGGGUCAAUGGCAUUCGUAUUGCUAAGUAUGGGAAGCAAUUGUAUGUGAACUAUCAGGAAGCCAUGAAGCGCACAGAGGCUGCCUAUGACUGGUCUUCUCUCUCCAGCACCAGCAUCAAAUCGGGAACAAGCUCAGUCAGUAUACCUGAGUCACAGUCAAACCACUCUAGCCAGGCAGACAGUGGUAUGUCAGAUGGUACUUCAUCCUCCCAUGCCCGCUCCCAGAGUGUAGUCAGUUCAAUCUUCUCUGAGGCCUGGAAGAGAGGGACACAAAUAGAGGAGAGCACAAGGGCAAGGCCAGAAUCAAUCCGUUCUACCCAUUCAAGCCAUAGCAGCCAUUCUUCUCAUCAUGUGCCUCAACAGCAGCAUUCACACCCACAGCAACAGCCACAUCCAUAUUCAAUUCCACAGUCACAUGGAAGUGUCACCCAGGCACUGACACAGGCACCGAUACAGGCACAAGUACCACCCCAGGCAACUCCAGCCCCACCACCACCUCCUCCCCCUCCUCCACCUCCAGCACCAUUGAAGAACCAACCCCCACCUACACUACCCAAGCAACACAGCAUCUCCAAGACACUACCCUUCUCCAGCCAAACCUCAUCAGUGCCAUCUCUGGUUAAGCAGCUUGCUAGCCAGUUUCCUGUUGCAUCUCCUGCAAUGACCAAUCAAACUGAGUCACAAAGUCACAAAACUCCUCAGUCCCUACCUGCAGUGAAGGCUAAACCAAAAUGGCAGCCUGUAGGUCAAGGCCAGCAGCAACAGAGGUCACCUGAAUUUCCACCGCCUCCUCCAGAGAGUACCCUUGCCUUUCCUUCACCACCAACUCCACCACCACCACCACCACCUCCUCCUCCUCCUCCUCCUAUGUCAGGCUCCCCUAUCAUAAAAUCCCCCUCUGGCUCAUCUGCAGGGGUCAAGAAACCUCCACCGACUCCUCAGCGCAACUCCAGUGUGAAGUACAAUGCCUCUGUGGAGUACCAGGAUUCCCGCAGGAACUUGGUGAGCAAGUUAAACCCUAGUUCUGCUUCAUCAUCGACAACAACCUCUAGUAGCUCACCCUCCAAGGAGCUUUCUACAGGUCCUCGUGCACCCCCCAAUCCAGGUAAGCUCAAUCUGUCAAAUCUUCCUUUGGCUUUGCAGAACAAACUGAAUCAGAACCGCCAAUCGACUGCAGACUUCCCAUCCCCUCCACCCCCAGAAAAUGACAUCUUCCCCCCUCCCCCACUGGAGUCUGACCUUCCUCCACCACCGCCCCUUCCAGGUGAUCCAAAUGGUUUGUCUCCGAAGGUGGCUGUGGUCAAUCCUCAGCCCCAGCCUGCUUGGGGCAAGAGUUCGCUGAAGAAGACACAACUUCCAGCAUCAAUUCGCUGUAGCAACACUAUUAGAGGGUCUCCACCACUCUCACCCCCUUCCAUAAAAGGGUGCCCUAUUCCCCCUUCUUCUUCCAAAGGCACCACACAGCCAAACUUCUUGGAGGACCUUAACAAGACACUGAAACGCAAGUCCUCGCGAGUCUCUGGAGACAAAUUGGACCCUGUGGCCACAAUGGAUGACAUGGCUUUGCCACCACCUCCACCUGAGCUUCUGCAUGAUCAACUGAGACACAGUGGUAGUGGCUUCAUGUCCGGGAAUAUCUCAGGCUAUGCAACGCUACGGCGAGGGCCGCCUCCUGCCCCACCCAAGCGUGACCACAACACCAAACUCACAAACUAGAAAACUGCAACUUUUCCUGGACACUCUUGCUUGCUAUUAUAAUGUCUGUGUCAUAGAGUUGUAGAGGAGAAAGCCAUCAUUUUGUUGAUAUGCUCAGCUUUUUCUGUACAAAACAGCUCAAGAAGUUUCAGCUUUACUGUGACUUUGUGACAGUGCAUAAGUUCCAGUUCCAAACAACUGAGUGAUUCCACUUCAACACCUUGGUACUGCAUGGAAGACAAAACUACAUUAAACUAUUAAUCUUAUUGUUUUUUGGGAAGACAAACGUUUUGAACUUUGGGGUUGGGUGGGAUUUUUAAUUUUGAUUUUAUAUUGUUUAUAUAUUAUCGAUUAUUUAAUAAUCUGAAGAGAUUUUGUUAUUUCAGACUGAAGUUUUUUAAAUGGUUGGAUGGUUAUUGUUGUUUGAGGAGUUUUAGAUGGGUAAGUUGAUUUAGACAGUGUGUUCGGCUGGUAUAUUAGUUUGGCACAACUUUAACCAUUUAUGUGGCAGAUCCAGUGCUCAAUGGAAGCAUCUAGAAUGUAUCUUGAUCACUAUUGUUCUUUGAGCCACUUUAAAUGCGUUUUAGUUGUAAUUG